AUACGUGACUGCACAACCUACAGGUCGCACGCACGCGAUUAUCCUUUUCAUUUUACCAGUAUGUGGGACGCUUAAAAACGUUUGUCGCAUCAGCUGCGGCACAUUUGCUGUUGCACGCUUUCUGCUUUCCAUCAUCACUGUGACGAUAUCCUCAUAUUGGUCUGCAAUUUCGGCGUAACGCUUCACGAUAACGCUUGCGACAUUAGUGAGUGCGCCAAUCUGCUAGUUCCGGGACGCAACCGAAAAUUCUACUGUCUAAUAACUGUAGCUUUACCUAUCGUCCCUUCACUUGACAAACGCCUGCUGCGGCACAUUCGCGACGGUCGGAAACCCCCAUCACGCACAUCCAGCAACGCCAUCCGGCCUAUCUUGAAGCCUGCAUUCCGACACACGGCUCACACACGGCUCGUCUGCUCCUUGCAAGGAGCUACGGCGGUUGGCUGCGACAAGCGGCCUUAACCAGGACACUGACAUCAUGCCGAUGAGUCUGCAACACCCCCAGCUGGCCCCCAGAAGCUCAGUACGAGGCUCAGCCAUGCCUCCUGCGCUUGUGAAGGGCUACCUAGGCCCCGUGCAUCGCCCCUGUUUGCACCCUAGGGCGCUCCGAAGGGCGCUGUUGCCGCCUGUUGCUGCUGCUGCUGUGCCUCCCUACCGCAGAUGCAGCGCCAGCAGCAGUACAGGCGGGCGGGCCAAACCCAGUCAGCAGGUGCUCUCCAGGCAGCAGAGCCCACUGCCGGCUGCGUCCACCCGUCCGUCAGCCGCAACAGCAGCAGCCGCUGCCGCCGUGACAGCCACAGCCCGUGACGCAACCCCACCCGCCACCUCCACCUCCCUCGCCGCCGCCAGCCGCCGGCGCUCCCUGCGCCCCUCCUCCCCCCUCCAAACAACCGGCCUGUGUGUACCGCGCAACACCACCAGCACCCGUAAACACCCACCCACCUCCUCCACCGUCACCUCCGCAGCCCCUGCCGCCCUGACCACAGCUGCGACCGCUGUCUCCCUCCCGACAUGCACCACAUGCGCCACCACCGCCACCGCCACCACCGCCGCCUCCUCCUCCUCCCUGGCGGGCCUGCUGGCGGUGCUGCUGGGCUACGGCUGCCUGGUGGGGUCGUGCUUCCGCAGCGUGCCGCAGAUCGCCGCCAUCCUGCGUGCGGGCGGCAGCACGGAGGGGCUGUCCCUGGCGUCCAAUGUGGUGGAGCUGGCGUGCUUCACGGUGACGGUGGCGUACAACGUGCAGCAGGGUUACGCCUUCAACACGUACGGCGAGGUGUUCGCGUGCUGGAUUCAGGACCUCAUCAUCGUGGGCCUGAUCUUCCGCCACAUGCGGCUGCCCGGCGGCCUGGUGGCGGCGGCCUGCGCGCUGUUCGCGGGGGCAUGCGCCUGGCUGGUGGGGGGCGCGUGUCCGGCGCAGCUCCUCUCCGCCCUGCAGCUGAGCACGGUGGGUGUGAUGGUGGUGGGCGCGCGCCUGCCCCAGAUCGUGCUCAACUUCCGGCGGGGGGACGCGGGGGUGCUGGCGCCCGCCACUUGCGCGCUGAACGUAGCGGGCUGCCUGGUGCGGGUCUUCACGACGCUGGUGCUCACGCGUGACGUCAUCAUCCUGGGUGGCUGCGUCACCCAGCUGCUGCUCAACGCCAUCCUGCUCUACCAGUCCAUCGCAACCCCCGGCAAGCAGCUGGCAGCUGCAACAGCAGCAGCAGCACCAGGCAGUGCUGCUCCCGCUGCUGCUGCUGUCGGCCCCGCUGCCGCUGCUGCUGCUGCAGUGGUGGCGGCUGCAGACCCGCCCCUGGGUGGUACUGGUGCGGCGAGGUUGGGGGGCAGUGGUGGGGUGGCAGGCGGCGGGGAGGGGCCCACGCUGCUGCCAGCCUAGUGACAUGGUGCGUGUGAGGAAGUUGCGGCAUGGGGGUUGGGUUGGGAUCUGAGCAUGUGUGGGUGGCUGGGUAUUGGUUGUGUAAGUCGGUAUGUGCGGGCGGGGCAGGGAGGCUGUGUGUGAAGUGUUGCCGGAACAUGUGAACGCGUGGCUAGACGUGGGAGGAACAAGUUAGCCAACCAUAUGACAAGGCUUCACCGUGGGGUGAUUGACGAGGGUGAGCUGGGUCGGCUGGGUGGGAGUACGGCUGGGUGCUUUGCUCGGGUACAUGUGUACUUCUUGCCCACCCUCGGGGUUGCACAUCUGGAUACGGCGCUGUGAAGGAGUACUGGCAUGGAAGAAGGAUUUGCGAUGCGGUGCUGGGGGGUCUGGCGGCGGUGUUUAGUUGAACGAUUUCGGUAGAGUGAUGGGGAUGAGCGGGGCUGGUCUGGGGCGUGCGCAGGCGUCUAUCCUGCUUUGCGCCAUCGUAAAAGACGCGCGCCACGGGCCCUGGUGGCGGAGAUUGGGGGCAGGAACACAGAAGGUGCACUGAGCUGCUGCAUACGGUACGGCUGGGCAUAGACGCACAUGUGUAUACCGUUAUGCAUCCAUUGGUGAAUACGUGGCGGUGGAUUGGGGCAUUGCUGUGGCUAUUACAGUGCAUCAUGAAAACCGCCGUGUGUCUUGAGCCGGCUGAGCAGUUGAGCAGGUUUCGUAUUGUUCGCUCGCACGUACGGCAAACGUGACAAAUUGCGAGGCUGUUACUGCUGGACUCGCACCUCAUGAGGGGUCGUGAGGGGUCUUGGGCAGGCCUAAAAUGCGUGGCACGCACAGCUGUACGGCAGCGCUUACAGGUUGUGCUUGCAUAGUUUGGGCCGACCAAGUCAUAUGUGCGGGUGUUGUCUUUGGUUUUGGUUCUUAUUAUAUCGUUGGUGCCUAAGAUAUAGCCAACGGGCGGUGGUCCGGGUGGAUGCCGCCUGGCAGCCGCCACCUGCAAGAUGGACGUCCACACGUUGUGGCGGGUUUGUUAGUCAUUAACAUGUGGGCGCCGGGUCGUCCAGUGCACAGGGCAGGGGCCCGCAUGAAACGACAUCGGCCCUGUCUGAACAUGGGCACUCGUGUGAGGAGCCUCGACAAAGACCACUGCAGGGGCAUGGGUGGUAGAGGUGGAAGGGCGGUAGGGGUGCUUGGCCCUAAAACCCUCAUCGUCCAACCCUAGACUGGUACCGGUGCCAACCGUGCGGUUGUGGCAGACCACACCGACUUCGCAUCGUGACUUUCCAGUCGCUGAUGAGAACGGAGUGCUAUUUGCUGGACAGCUUGAGUUUGUGAUAGCAAGAAGGUCGCAAUGAACGGUUCGGGAAAUGAAGUGGGCCUUGCGAACUAAAACGUCGUUGGUCCGAGCCUCUAAUUCUCCCGAGCUCCAGUCCCCCUCUGGUACAAUGAACCUAUACAACACGGCACGUUGAAGUUCUGUUUGUAUUUUUCCUUGAAAGCUUUGCCAAUAACUGCCGUUCCUUGAAAUAGCUUUCCAGGUCUCAUGCUAGCUAAAUAGUAAUCCCAUUCAAUGCAAAGGAUUAUGCGUAGUCGAGUUGCGGUUGCUGAACCAACGGCUGCGCAUGCAAGCACACGGCAAGGGCCUACGCGCGUAUUCUAUGGUUGUAAACAGCAGCCCUCUGGUCAUGGAUCAACCCCGUGUUGUGUGGCCGCACAAAUUGGCGCUUCUGCAGCUGUUAGGAGAUGCUCGACGUGUUGCGCCACCAGCACCGAUUCGGGCGGAGCUUCUUUCCACCACCCUGGGGAGCUGAAUUUGAACCUUCGUGAAUAUAUGGUUGUACUAGAAAAGCCAGUGGGCCUUACGUUGGCCCCGGACCCUUGGACCGGGCAGAUCGUGGUCCAGGACGUGAAGCCCGGCUCCCCAGCUGACACGUGCGGCCUCAUCCAGGUGGGCGACGUGGUGGUGCGGUGCAGCGGGGUGGGCGGGGAGGACAUGGCGGCGGCGGACGACAUCCGGG